CGUCGUAUGUUCCGCGCGACCGUGCGCAGCGUCGUCUCGGCAGACAGGUAGCCCGCCCCCCUCCCUCUGCCCCGGUCGGCGGAGAGUCAGCGCGGCACCGGGAAGCGGCACCGGGGAGCUUCGUCGGCAACGGUUUCUCGCCGGUGCACAAGAGAGGCCGGUGACGACGACGGGAGAGAGCCAGCCAGCGAGAGAGAGAGGCCGAAGGUAGGCGGUCCCUGGACGUUCCACACCCGACCUCCGGCUCCGGCCUCCGCGCGAGAGAGCCUUCCGUCAAGCUUCCGUGACGUGACGUUACGUUACGUGACGUGGACAGGUCGCAUCGCAGCCUGGGAGAGGAGGAGCGGGAGGCUCGAUAACGCGAGGAGUGAAUUCGCGGGCGGAUAGGACGAGAGGCGAUAUACGACACUCGAGGCGAGACCAUGAGCUGUCAACGUAACGUCCGCAAGAUCACGGUGCCGGACGAUCUGCGGGACAUCCUGCUGGAGUUCACCAUCAGCUACCUGCUGGAGCAGCCGGGCGACAUCAUCGACUACGCCGUGGACUUCUUCACGCGGCUACGCGACGCGCGGAGGACGCAGCUGAUCCAGGACGGUCAGACCUGCACGUCCACGCCGGACGAGUCCGUUGACGAGGAGCCACCAGUCGGCCGAUUCGCUUCCAGAAGGAAGAGCGUUUUCGCAGAGACGUACAAUCCCGAGGAAGACGAGGAAGAUGACGGCUUUAAGAUGGUCCAUCCAAAGAGCGAUGAGCAACGACAAAGGCUCAGCGAAAGCGUCAAGAACAUACUUCUGUUUCGCGCUCUAGACGAGGAACAAAUGGCGGACGUACUUGACGCGAUGUUCGAAAAAACCGUUCAACCGGGAGAAUUUAUUAUCCGACAGGGCGACGAUGGUGACAACUUUUAUGUGAUCGAGAGGGGAAAAUUCGACGUUUACGUGAAAGAUCCUGCCACGGCGACGGAUAAUCAUAUUCAUACUUAUGAUAAUCGCGGCGCUUUCGGAGAACUAGCCCUUCUGUACAAUAUGCCCAGAGCGGCCACCGUCAAAGCCAUUACGCUCGGGACUCUCUGGGCUAUGGAUAGACAGACUUUUCGACGCAUUCUUCUUAAAUCCGCGUACAGGAAGCGUAAAAUGUACGAGACUCUUAUUAAUAAAGUGCCGAUGUUGAAAUCUCUCGAGGCUUACGAACGCAUGAAUUUAGCGGAUGCCCUUGUACCGAAACAAUAUUCCGACGGCGAGCAAAUAAUCAGGCAGGGUGACACCGCAGACGGGAUGUACUUUGUCGAGGACGGCGUCGUCAGGAUUACUAUACUCGGCGAGAACGGCCGUGAAAUUGAGAUUAAUCGUGUUCCGGCUGGCGGUUAUUUAGGCGAGUUGGCACUCGUGACGCAUAAACCACGCGCCGCUUCGGCCUACGCUGUAGGGGACAUUAAACUGGCAUUUUUGGACGUUGAAGCUUUCGAGCGUUUGCUCGGCCCGUGUAUGGAACUUAUGAAACGUAAUAUUGACGAUUACGAAGAUCAGCUAGUCAAAAUAUUCGGCAGCAAAGCCAACAUUUCCGACAUUCGAUGAACUGUCUCCGGCAGAGACACGUUCCCGCGCUGCUGUACUAAAGGACGCGACACUUUCGUACAGUAUAUAAUGUAUAACGUGCACAAAAGAGAACUUGUACCACCUACUUUUGAAUCUCAUCCCGCGUAUUUCGAGUAUCGUCUCGAGAUCAACUGUUUGGUAUGACUGUUCAUUUUAGACGUACCGAUUAAGAUUCGUCGACGAUAGUUACCAAGUUUAUACCUACGACACACAUUGAACAAAACUAUAGGCUGCUCGAUACUAUGUAUAAAACAAUAACAGUGGUAUUUAAUAAUUAUCCUCUAAGACUGUACUAGAUCAAAAAGAGAGUACGUUAGUGCAUUAUAUCACGCGCUCGAUCGUUUGUGAAAUGAGUAUCUCCAUCUAUUAUAGUCUCAGAUUGGAUUAUAAUACUUCGAGAUCUAGGACAGCAUUAUUAGUAUAUAUUGUUAUAUAAUAUUCGUAUCCCUAAAAUGACUUAACGAUUUAUCUCGAUGUAUUCAAUCUAUGCAUACAUAAUUCGCGUAUAUUCCCUUGCAUUAUAUAUUUUUUCGACAAAUUGGCAGCUACAUUUAAGUCAGCAGGAGUCUAAAAUAUUCGAAAUUGAAUGCUCUUCCAACAUAUUCUUCUUUUUCUCUCUGGCAAAGAUGGAUUACAAGAGAAAUGAUCAUACUAAUUGUGGUGACACAAAUCUUACAAAGUUUCUAUGAGAUACCUACGUAUGCAUAUCACUCCUUUUCGAAGAUAAUGAAAGUAACAUUGCCACUAUUAAACUAAAUAAAAAUAAUAUCCUUUGAUACAUCUAUUUAAUAACAUAACAUAAUAUCUUAAUAAAAAAUAUCAGAUUAGACAAUCAAGAUUCUAUCUAUAAUUUCCAACGAGAAUCAACACGCAUUCUCUUUGUGAAUAAAUACGCACAUAUACACACAAACAAACAUCGCACAUAAACGCACAUACUUGCAGUAAAAUCAUUUUUAAGCACAACAUUCAAUCCAUAAUAUUAUUUU